GUCAGCUCGGAUGAUGAACUUGUGUUGAAUCGUUGCUAACACACCCUGAACAUGGCUGCGAGACGAACUUCACUGAAGGCCAUUGACUGGGUGGCUUUUGCAGAGAGGGUGCCACCCAACCAGAAGACUAUGUUCAACAACCUGAAGACACGCAGUGAUGCUAUUUCUGCAAAGCUCGCCUCUCUGCCAGAGAAACCUGCCACCAUUGACUGGAGCUACUACAGGUCUGCUAUAGCUAAAGCAGGCAUGGUGGAUGAGUUUGAAAAAAAGUUCAGUUCCCUGACAGUUCCUGAGCCUGUAGACAUUCAGACAAAUCUGAUCAACGCCCAGGAGACGGAGUCGAACACAACAGCCACCGCCUACACUGAAGCAUCCAAAGCUCGAAUCACUGAAUAUGAAAAAGAGCUGGAGAAAUUCAGGAACAUGAUUCCCUUUGACCAGAUGACCAUUGAAGACCUGAAUGAGACUUUCCCAGAAACAAAGCUUGACAAAGAGAAACAUCCUCACUGGCCACACAAACCCAUUGCUGAACUGUAAAUGUGAAACUCUGGUCAUAUUCUAUGUUAUGUGUUUCCCUCUGAGAGAAACCUGUACAGUGUGUGUGUAUAAAAGUCUUCAGUAAAAAUAAUUGAAA